AUGCAAUCUGGCAUCCUUGCCUUUAUCCAUUUCGCUGUACUCAUACUAAAAUUCUUUCCGGGAGUCACACGAUGCAUACGACACCGCCACUUCUCCGCCCUUACGUUCACGUUAGUGGAGUUUCAGGAGGCUCAAUGCUUCUACAUGCUGUCCUUUCAGUUUGCUGCCCUGACCGCUCUUGUGGCUGGCCCGCAGCUCUAUGAAGCAACUAGUUUGGCGCAGCUUACAUCGAACACCUCCACGGUUAAGGCUGUGGCGUUAAUGGGUGUGCUUCCGAUUACACAUGGCCUAUGGAUUCUACACAGGGUUGACUUACAUUCGUGGUAUAUUUCUCUAUGGUCCGCUAUAACGAUAGUGGUGUCUAGUGUCACUCUCCAUCUAUGUAAGAUGGAGCCUAGAGUGGCCAAUUUGCAGAGUAUUGCAACCGCCAGUCAUCUAGACAAAUGUGGCUAUCACCCUCCUCCCCUUAUAUAUUGCCGGUCACAUUCCGAUUAUUACUUCAGCGCUAUGACCCUUAUAUUCUUUGGGGUCACAGAUGAUAUCCUGAAUUUUGUAUGUAUUGGGAUAUAUGGGAUCCUCGCCUUGCAACGUCUCGCCCUCUAUCCCAAGAGGUGGCUCAACCGAAAGCCAUCGUUUCAAGCUACUUACCACCGAGCGUAUCCGUGGCUAGUAUCCAAAAGAGCCAGGUUCGUUUCCAGAACACUAACUGCGAUCAUUGAAAUUAUCCUUCUAUCCUCCAACUUCUUUUACAUUUUCGGAAUUGUAGCACUCAGUCUUCCAACGAUCGCAUUCAGCUCGUGGAGUUUCGGGCAAAUUAUCGCCGUGGCCAUCUGGGCUCCCCUCAUCAGUAAAUAUCUCUAUUGGUGUUUCUUCGGCUCAAACUCUUACUCCGCCAUCCGAUUCCCGUACCCUUACAGAAUAAGCCGAGCCCAGGCAAUUAAUAACGAACACCACCCAAAUUGA